GUCUCGCGCCGGUCACAGGUGGCCACAAAGUGCGUUUCCCAUCAGAUGCCCUCAAAGUGAGAAUCCGCCCCGCCACUCGGGUCACCUGGAUGCGGGCAGAAGCACCUGCUGGCGGAGGACGCACCACCUCACACAGCACUUUUUAUGUUAAUGACCCGCGCGAGCCCUUCCCACCCCCACUUGCCCUUUAGAGCGCGAGAUGAUUGACGGAGUCAGUGUCGGGAGGCAUCUCGGUCACUGGUAACUCGGAUUUUUGGCGAGGUCUCCUUAUCGGCGCAUCGGCUACGAUGUGGAGACUUGUGGUCCUCGGCGGGGUGUGCGUCUGUCUUCUGGGUGCCGAAGGCCGGAGCCGCGGGGGGGAGACGGCGACUUUCCGCCGGGCUCCGCGGGACGGGAGCCCGGGGCAAGUGCGCGCACGCCCCCGGAGAGAGAGCGGCAGCUCGCCAGGUACACCCAAACCUUCCCACGGUCCUCCCUUCGCCCCCUGCCGGCUCCCCCUCACCCCGGCCGAACACCGGGUUCUGGAUGAGAAUACGCACGAGACAGGGUUCAAUGGCGACGACGGCUCCCAUGUAAUUCUCACGUGGGUGGGCGAUGGCACGGGAGUGAUCCUGGUGCUGUCUACCAUCAGCGUCCCUCUCGACACCUUCCUGGAGGGAGGCUCCUCACGACUUUACCGAAGUACGGAUUACGGAAAGUCGUUCCAUGACAUUUCCCACCGGAUCAACAACACUUUCAUAAGGGAGGAGUUUGGCGUCAGUGUUGGACCGGGGAGCUCUGUGAUAUUGACAGCGGACACUCCGGUGGUGGACAACCCAGGAGGGAUCAUCUUCACCUCCACGGAUGCUGGCGCGGGCUUCAAGUUCAUCCAACUGCCCUUCCACUUGGCUCAGCCAAUCACGUACCACUUCCUCAACCCCGACUACCUUGUGGCCCUCAGCAUUGAUGGCGGUCUCUGGCUCUCUCUGGACUUUGGUGCCAAGUGGACAAAGGUUCACGAUGGAGUGCAUUCUUUCUCAUGGGGGGCUGGUGUUAAUUUGUUCUUCAGUUGCAGCCGAGUAGACACAGUUGAGGCAGACGAGAGGGGAGACUUAAUCCUGAAGAGGACAAAGGAUCUGGGGAAGACCUUCACCACAAUCCAUGAGGACAUCUACAGUUUUGGCUACAUAGGAGCCUUUCUCUUCUUCUCUGUGAUGGAAGAUUCGAGAUCCCCUCGUGUCAUGUAUUUCUCAUCAGACCAAGGAGACACCUUCAGUCGAGCGCUGCUGCCUUCUGCUUCCACUGAGCAGUUCUACUCCAUCCUGGAUGGAGAUGAGGAUAUGCUCUUCAUGCAUGUGGACAACCCAGGAGACACCUACUUUGGGACCAUGUACACGUCAGACGACCGUGGGAUCCUGUUCUCCAAAUCACUGGAGCGCCACCUGUUUGAUGGGCAGAGGAAGAGCGAUUUCACCAACAUCACCUCACUGAGAGGAGUAUACCUCACUAAUAAACUGGACGAGGAUGGCCGUAUAAGAUCUGUCAUUUCCUUUAACAGAGGAGGGGCGUGGCGGCAACUUAACAAACCUGAGAAUGUGGACUGCAGAGAGCAAGUUAAGAACUGCAACCUUCAUAUUCAUGGAGAACACAGUCGGAACAACCGAAUAGUUCCCAUGCUGGCUCUGUCCGAGCCAACUGCGGUUGGUCUGGUUAUCGCCCAUGGCACUGUGGGCGAUUCUCUGUCAUCCUCGCUGCACCCAGAUGUGUUCGUUUCCUCAGACGGGGGUUACAACUGGAGGGGGACCCUGAGGGGACCUCACCUCUACAGUAUAUUGGACUCUGGGGGUCUCAUUGUGGCUGUGGAGGCUAGGCGCAAGGGACAAGUCAAGACCAUCAAGUUUUCCACAGACGAGGGCCAGUGCUGGAAGUCGUAUAACUUCACCGAGCAGCCCUUCUUCUUCGCAGGCCUGGCAUCCGAGCCGGGCACCAAGGCCAUGAAUGUCAGUGUGUGGGGCUUCCGGCCCGAGGAAGACGGCCAGCCCAUGUGGGUGACCGUGACCAUUGAUUUCCAGAGCCUCAUUACCAGAGAGUGUAACGACCAGGACUACGAAGAGUGGCUGGCUCACUCUACCGAAGGAGGGGACCCGGAAAGAAACGGCUGUGUCCUGGGUGUCAAGGAGACUUACAGAAGGCUAAAGAAACAAUCUCUCUGCAGAAAUGGGAAAAGCUUUGUGGUGAGCAAGAAGCAAAGCCCCUGCUUGUGUACCAGAGAUGAUUACGUGUGUGACUACGGUUACUAUCGUCACGUGAACACUUCAGAGUGUGUGAGACAGCCCGACGCCGCGAACAAAACUCUGGAGAUCUGUUUGAAUGGAGAGGAGGAUGAGCUGCUGACAGCAGGGUAUCGUAAGGUCCCGAGUGAUAAGUGUGAGGGCGGGUUCACUCCUCAGCUCGCAGUGCAGACAGUCAUCAGACCCUGCGGCGUUAAGCCCAGCCCCGGCCCACCUGCCAGGUCAUCGUCUCCGGACAACGACUUUGACACACCGCGAGAGAGGCUGGUGUUGAUCCUGGUGUGCGCCGGAGCAGGGGUGGUCGUCCUGGUGGCUAUCGUCUCCGCUCUCCUGGCUGUCAAGAGAGUGGUUUAUAGAAACGGGUCACCUAUGUAUCGUUUCUCCAACCUCCAGCAACAGUACGGUGAUAGCUUGGGUACGGCUGAUCUAGAAAGCGCCACCAGCAGCAAUGGCACGGCCUGCCAACAGGACUCGGAUGACGACCUUAUUGAAUGACACAUGACACAUUUAGAUGAAUGUAGUAGAGAUCUCAGGAUUGAAAGCAGCUGUGCAGAAAAAGACUGCCCACUGCAUUUUGUCGGACUGAUCCCUCCUAUUUGGAUGGGAGCAACCUUUGUGGCAAGUCCUGAGGAUUUGAAUGACAAGCAUGGAAAUGUCAAAUGUCUUCAACUACUGAUCUGAACAUCAAUUCAUUGCAUUACUUUGCGUACUCUUU